CAAAUCAAAAUUUGACAAGUAACUGUGCAGAAGAGCACCGGCGAUAAAUAAUAAAAUUGCACUUUUACCCAAAUUAAAUUCCAUUGAUUAGAUUACCAAGGUGUGAAUUCAAUUAAUAAAAAAUGGAAGACACGGCCCGUUUAGCUCUGGUGGAACAGUAUAUAAGAGACUCGGAAAACUUUACCAAAGUUCUCUAUGAACUUCUGCGCCUUAUAAAUAUUAUUUUAGAGAAUCCUCACGACUAUGAAUUGAGGACAUUCAAAAGUGACCUGCUAAACACUUACGUGAAAUCAGAAGUAUUUCAAGAAUACCUGAAAUAUAUAGGUUUUGAAAUUGUUGAUAACCAAAUGUCAUACCCCAAAGAACAGACUUUGAGUAAGCUGAGGAUAGCACAAGCAACUAUAGAGCGGAAGAUAGAAUUUUGCUGCGGCACAUUAAACACCAAUAGUGUGAAAUCAGUUGCAAAAGUUAUGAAACCGAAACUUACACCUCUCAGCGUUGUAAAGUCGAAAAAUCCAUUGCUUCUAAAGAUAGAAGCACUUUUCAAUAACAUGAUUCAGUAUGAGAAUGAAAAACUGCAACAGAUUGCCAGAGACCAAAUUCCGAUAGUGUCACUGCAACUCAAAGCCAUAGACAGGCUCCGAGAGCAUCAACGCCGAAUAAAAAAUGGUGUAAUCAAAACGUAUGACAUGCCAUUUGACAUUGCGAUGUUGAUGGAACUAGUAAACUGGUACAAAUUCAAGUUUUUCAAGUGGGUAGACAAACCAGAGUGCGAUAAAUGCAAAGGACAAACAAAGUUUGUGUACAACACAUCUUUGCAGACUCAGACAGAAGUCUGUUCUGUCGAGGUAUACUCGUGCAUGCGUUGUCCCAACCGCGUCAAUUUUCCGCGACACAAUGAGCCUCGCACGUUGCUGAACACAAGGCGCGGCCGCUGUGGCGAGUGGGCCAACUGCUUCACGCUGCUGUGCCGCGCGCUCGGAUACGACACGAGAUACGUCUAUGACGUCACUGAUCACGUAUGGUGCGAGGUGUUUGAUUACGACUCCAACACUUGGCUCCACGUCGAUCCGUGUGAAGCGAAGAUCAACGCACCCUUGAUGUAUAGCCACGGUUGGGGAAAGAAGCUCUCUUAUGUCAUAGCGGUGUCCAGAGACGAUGUCCAGGACGUCACGUGGCGGUACACGACAAACCAUAAAGAGGUGCUAAAACGACGCAACCUUUGUGACGAAUACGAGUUGAUGUCGACACUCAUGUUGAUGCGCGAGAAUCGACAGAAACAAGUGUCUGCGGCCAGAAGGAACUAUCUGGAGAAACGCACUGCCCAGGAGUUGGCUCAGUUCCUUGGAGAAAGGAAGCCUGAAGAUUAUGAGAUGCACGGCCGGAUAUCCGGGUCGAAGGAAUGGCGGACGGAACGCGGUGAAACGGGAACAGCCAGCGGUCAUACCUUCCUUUUCUCCAAAAUGGGCGAUAUCAGCAUAGAGUACUUCCCCGUAGCCGAUGAAUACCGGAUAUCCGGUCCGGAGCCGGGCGUUAUCCAGACGUGGUCGGCCGGUGCUUUUUCGGCUACAAAUAUAUUGAGAAAAUUAGAACAUGAUUGGCAAAUGGUGUAUUUGGCGAGAACAGAAAAUGACGAAGACAGCUUGAUAUCGUGGCGAAUAAAGGCGACCCAGGGGUAUAUAUUCUCAUCUCUAUGCGUUCGUGCUUCAAGCGCCACUUACCAAGGAGGACUGGUAGAAUGGGCCAUACAGUUCGACGGCCAGACGCCUGAAACUGUGCAAUUCGGAAGCCAAUAGGGAGGAAGACUGACACAAUACUCGCCGGCAGAGGUGCUGAUAUCGUCUUAACCAAAACAAAGUUAUAGAAAAAAAGUGUACUUUUAUUUUCAGUGCUGAGUUUUUUAAGAGAAACCCACUAUUUUUUAAAUGGGUUAAAAACGCCAUCUGUAAUGAGCUUUGAGUUGUCUUCCCCAUAAAAAAAAAUUGGCCCGAUCUCAAAACCUAUAAAAUACUAUAAACUUAAAAACCCGUAAAAUACUACAGAAAUUGUAUAGUUAUACGUAAUUAGUAGUGUAUGACAGUAACCUAUCACCACAAUAAAGGAAUGUAUUUUAUAGAAACAUAUUUAUGUAAUUGUACCAUUUAUUAAGAAAAAUACUGAAAUGGGUUACCCCAAUGGUUCCCUCUGUCUGAAUUUUAUAUUGUUGAUUUUUUGGGAAUGUUUUGAUGUUAUUUAUUUUUUAAAUUCAUUAAAGUUAGGUAACAUGUUUAUAGUGCGACAAGGAUCUUUAUGAAUAUGGCGAAAAUUGGAACUAACGCCGCCGUCUUUGUAAACAUCAUAAUUUUGUAUGUCAUUUCCGGUCAUUCACAUAGACAGUGGUGCCCUCCCUGAACUCACAUUUAUAACGAUCCUUGUCGGACUGUAACAUGUUUAGUUUCGUGUUUUUUUUUAUUUCAUUAGAUAUUUAGGAAUAAAAUCACAGUUUUGUUCAGUAUAGGUACAUAGCAUUUUCACAAAAAGCUAAUUUCCUUCUAAGGUUGGUCCUUUUUAAAAAAGUAUCAGUUUUUUAUAUAUCAAUACCCUCAGCACGAACAAAAUAUCGAAUUCGUUACGUUUGCGAGUGUGAAAUGUCAUUUAAAAUUUUGUAUAGAAAAUUGAACAGCAACGCCACAACAGACAUAAGUAGAACUAAAAAUACGUACACUUUAGACGUGUAACUAAAUAUCGAAUUGAAUUAUUCAAGAAUAGUUUGUGCCAAGGGUACAGUUCUACAAAAAGAUUAGUGGUUCAGAAAUCUGUAUAAAUAUAUUUAUUGUAUGUUUUACAUUACUUAUAACAAAUCUUUAUUAUUAUUUUUUAUGCUAGUUGGAAACUUGAAAAUAUAUUUGUGUCAAUUUAUUACAUAUUUUCUCUAUAAAUUGCAAAUUGUUGAUUUAAAUGUUAUUAAUUGAUUUUUUUGUGUAUUAUAAUAUAUCUUUUGAUAGUUUAAUUGCAGCCGCAAUCAGAGACGUAAUCAAAUUGAAUGCUUCUUUAUGUCACAAAGCAACAGCAUCAACUAUACUUAAACCUAAAAAAAAUUACAUCUCUGAGUGCCGUUAUUCUUUUGACAUUCCUCUGGUAUUGACACACGAUAAAAUAUUGUAAGCCACAAGUUCAGCUUCUCAGAAUAAGAAAAAUAAUGCUUUUUUCUGUAUGAGUCUACUUAAUUUUAUGCAAUAUGUUUUUUUUACUAUCGUGAAGAGCGUUUAAUUAUUAUAUAGACCAAUGUUUAUAAUUGUAAAUAAUUUACAUUUGAUUAAAUAUUCCUUACAAGUUACGUUUAUAUUUAAAUUUUACAUAAGGUCUGCUUAACAAGAAAUUUUGCUAUCUCCACUUUUGGUCAAAAAUUAUCUAACAAUGGUGCCAAUUCUGGUGUGAUUCUCUAAACUUUAAACUAAAUUUAACAUCCGUCCCUCCUUUUCAUUCUGUAUAGAGAAUAACAAGAAUGGACUGUUGUCAAAUUUAAGUUUAGAUACAGAGAAUCGUGCCAGAAUCGACACCAAUGGCGUUUGUUUCCUGUAAUGUGAACACAUCGUUUACGUAAAUUUGGCAACUCCUUGACUCCUUGAAUAAAGUGGAGAUCGCAAAUUUACAUGUUAAGCAAACGAUAAAUAUACCUAGUGCAAUUGAAACUGGCACUUGUGAAGUUAGCAGCGAGUGCGAAGGUUUUACUUCAGUGAAAUCCUGCGCGUACCUAAGUAUAUCACCCUAUAUACAUUCGAAAACAGUGUCACGACUUGCGCUAACUUCAUAGCCGUCAUUAAGUUUGUUUAUGUACCCCCUAUAAAAUUUUAUACAUUACCGGAAAUAGGAAAGUAUUCGAGCACUCGCGCCUAAAAUUGAUAAAGAGCGGUGGAUAAAUAAAGUAAAAUACAGGGGUGUCAUAUUGGAGUUUCGGGUUUACUCUAAAAAUCAACAUCGUUCACUAUUUACAGCUUUAUUCAACUAUCUCUUCGAAACUCUACACUCUACGACAACUCUAUACUCUAAAUUAAUAAGGUUUUAUUUCGAAGUACGCAGGAGACUACUAAGCAGCGGCUGCGUGUUAUAGUCAGUCACAUUCAUAUUAAAUUAUCGUGGCAUUCAGUUCACAGAUUGAUUUCUAUGAAAAUUAUUUUGGAGAGCACCACAGAUGCACGUGCAGUCAGCAGGUGUGUAUAGAAUGCUUAGGAAUAGCACCUUAACUGUUUCACUUCUGUAUGAAUGAUUAUUGAUGACGUAAGGGGGGGUAGCGGGGGUUUUACCCGGACUAAUGUCAUUGACGCAGCUAGGGAGUUUUUUCAUAGGGGGCAACCGUCCAGUUGAACUUAUAAACAUUUUGAAAUUAUUGAAGUGAAACUUCUUUAUCGGCGUUGGAAAAAAAUUUACCGUCACAUUUUUUUAGCGUAACGUUUUUUGGUUACGCGCCAUCUUUUUUUUAAAAGAGCACUAUUUACCUCAUCCGAACAAUUGCUCCUUCUGUCAACUUUAAAAAAAAAAGUAUCGACAGCAAAUAUUCGUGUUUCACACAAGGUAAGGUAAGGUGUAGUUAUACCCCUUUAGUGGGUGAGUUUUUGAAAAAUCUUAGCGCACGCCUAUAUAUAUAUUUCUGGAAAGUUGCAUGUAGAUCAUUUUUCGAAAAAAAUAAGGCCAUAAAGAAGUUUCACUUCUUACGUGUGUACACUAGUACACGCACACAUUUUUUUUUUCAACUGUAUCCAAGGAGGGCAGGUUUCAUCAUCUUUAAGAUCAGAUGGUUAUCACAAACAAAUGUAGAAUUUUAUUACCUCUAAUUUGAUUUUAAGCACAUUAUUAUGCCCGUGAGAAGAGGGAUAUUUUAAAGUGAGACGCCCCAGGCGGAAAGCCCCCGCUACGCAACGAUACGGUGAUUACGUAGGUAUGAAAGAAAAUGAAUACAAAUGUAUAUAAAUAUAAAAUUUAUUUAUUAGUUCUGUUUGUAUGUGUAAGUUAUUCAGUUUAUUUACUGACUAUUUAAGUCUUUAUUAAUGUUACUCUUUUGAAUAGUCUUCCUUAUUUUCUCAUAAAAUUUAUAAAUCUUACUCUUUUCCAUAAAAAAAUCUGGCAACUCUGAACACAUUCCAUGUUUAAGUACAACCACAGAUUCGAUAAUAGUUCCUGUACAACUAUCAUGAACCUAGGAUUUCUCUAGAAUUAAGUAUCAACCAGAGACUUAAUAAUGACAUAAUGUGUUAUAUCUAGGUCUUAAUUAAAUCUGAUAUUCAUGUUAUGGAUCAGCUAUCAAAAUUAUAGAAAAAAAUCAGAUAAGUAAAUUAAAGCAAUUAUUGUAAUUAUAAAUUCUUACUGUUAUUACCAUCUUAUUAUAAUAUAAUAAAAAAUAUUUACAAAGGCUUAAUGCAUAAUAAAAUACAAUAGCGAAACUAAAUAGUGCAUGUGAAAAUUUGUACAUACAAAAUACAUAUUUUACAUGUAACACACAAAUACCAUAAUCAGAUUUAGAACUCAAUAAAUUGUUCUUGUAAAUGGUAUUGUAAAAUAAUAAUACAGUCUGAAAAUAUUCAUUCAGAAAUAGAGAGCAUUCAUACUUGUGUACAGUACAGUGUGUGACUCAAAUAAUUCUUCAUUUGCCUCGAAGAAAAUGAUCACGCAUCUCAUUCACCUGCACUGCUCCACUUUGUACACAUUCUAAAAUUGCCAGCAGAAGCCUUGUGACUUUAUGUUUGGCAGCAAACUCUAACAAAUCACAGGCAUUUUCUGCAGUCAACAUACUGACUAGCUUAUCAACACAUUUUUGCUCUAAAUCGAGCAUCAUGUAAUAUGAUGCCAAGAGCAGCAACUGCUCUAGGCCAACAUUGGGUAAAAUAUGCAAAUAAAUAUAAUCUUUGAGGUUCUGCAGUGUAGCUCUAGAAGUGCCAGGAACAUCAACAUGACCUUCUGCAGCCUCCCGCCAAGUACCUCCUAACAUUCGUCUUAACACUGGGCUGGCAGCUGCAAGCACUGCACGAUGCAUGCGUAUUGAUCCAUCCUCUCCUCUCAGCUCAAAGUCAGUUAAUUCUGUGUCUUCAUGAAGCAUUGCAAAGGAACUAGCACUAGGAACUAUAUCCAUAUGCACGGUUACAUCAAAAGAGUAUUGUUGUCUUUUAUUGUCAUGAACUAAAUGCCACGUACCAUCAUCACUUAUGAAACUCUUGUUUACUAUUCCCAAUUCAUUGCUUGAAAAUUUUAUAGUAUAAGUCAAGUCAUCGUCUUGGCGAAGUUUGACAAAUCUAACAAAUAUCAAGUUAUUGUACACAUUUGUAUGACCAUUGUUUACUUGUGCUGCAAUUACUUUGACCUGAAAUACAGCUGUUCCGCUUAUUACAUAGUCUGGACUGGUCUUUGUGGCAAAUGGUGUGUUAUAGUUUGUUACGCCAAACUUGGCCUGCAAUGUGUUCCCUCUUUGAAUUACAUCUUUUACUUCCAUCCUGGAAAACAAAAUACUUUAUUUCAUUUUUACGAUUUUUACGUUAGAACUUUACUGGAAGAUUUUAAGUAAGCUCUGAAAAAAAAACAAUACUGGGAUAUAUUAUACAGGCAUAAUUUAAUAGUGAAGAACAAAGAAUGAGUACGAGAGCACAAUAAAUAAAUGUAAUUUGGUGAAGAGGCCAUUAGUUUUUAACUUAAACAAGUAGGUAUUCAUUGUAAACAAAACCAUCCCGCGGUCGCACCUUUGGAAAUAAAUCGUACUGUA